GGAGGAGAGUGGGUCGGAGAGGGAAUAGGAAACGACAAGACUGCUGGCGGGAGGACGGUGGCUAUGGCAGCGAUGGCAGCGAUGACGACGAUGACGGCAUCUGUGAUCGCGAAUGGCCUCUUUGAGCCCAUUGGCAAAUUAAGUCGGGACUCGACAUGCCAGAGCUUUUCAUCCACUUCCAGCUUUUACCGGCGGUCAACGACUGWGCAUCCCUUCUCUCGAAUUAAGUCAUCGUCCUUGUCGCCAUGGCCGUCAACAUCAAGCUCACAUUCCGACAUGCCGUCUUCCAGAGACAAACAAAAACCACAUCGUGAGUUCGACUCCUUGGAUGCACCCAUCAGCUAUGGAAGUGUGAUAUUGCUUUGCUCCUUAUCGUCCACACGAUUUCACCCAUCUGAUGGUGAUGGUGAUGGUGAUGGUGAUGGUGCUAUCUCUGUAGCUUUCAAACUGAGAAACGUUUUCUUCAUCUCUAAAGAAGAGAAGAAGACGACGACUACGAAGAAGACGAAGAGGAAGAAGAAGAAGAAGAAGAAGAAGAGGAAGAAGAAGAAGAAGAGGAAGAAAAGUUGGCCAUGAUCUUGAAAGUGGCGGCUUCUGAGAUAUGUGCACACUUUCUGAAGGAGAUCUUUUUCGUCAUCCUCAGGGUCAACAGUCAAAGUCAAAGUCAAAGUCAAAGUCGAUGAAGAAGGGGGGCCCCUCGUCAAGCUUCCGUCUGCCAAGAGGCUGGUUGUCAGCUUGGGUGCAACUUUGGCUGUGCUUCUCAGUGGCAUCCCGCAAGAG